AUGGCUCCAAUGGGGGCAUUCUGCCAGGAGGGAGCAGAGAGCAAAGCUCCUCCAGAGAGACCCACGUUUGGAGAUGUCUAUCAUGUUGAAGGAGCCAUCAGCCUGCCCUACGCCGAGAUCAGGGAGCCCUUUGAAGCCUGGUACAACCUCACAGGGGAGAAGAGCCGCAUUGAGUAUUAUGGAGGCCAAGUGGUCACCUUCCAGUUCGGCUCCAUGGGGCCUUUUGGUGCCAGCUUCAAGGUGACACCAGAGACCACGGAGACGGAGCUGAACGUCCGCAAAUGUUUCCGCAUCAACGGCACGGACGGGGAUCUCAUCGUCCCACAGAGCGUCUUCCCCAGCCUGGAGCACUUCAGGCGGGUGCGGGAGGAGCAGUUCCACGGGCAGCCCUGCACCGUAUGGCAGAACGUCUCCUACUGGGGCCAUAAGAAGAACGUCUACACGCUGCGGGUGGGCAGCUCGAUGCACGGCCCUGUGCCCCUGCAUUAUGAGGUGCGGGGCUACAACAGCCUGCUGGGAUCCCACUAUGACAAAUACGAGAUCGAGUACAGCGCCUUCGGGCACCGCUUCGACCCCAGCAUCUUCCAGCUCCCACACGGUUUGCAGUGUGAGCAGUGGCCCACAGCCGGCCCCGAGCACCGCAUCGUGGCCAACCCCAUGCAGGAGUUUGUGGGGACUGCCACGGACACUGAGCACGUCCACCACCGCCUCUUCCAUCACUAUAAGGAGAGGUUUGGGAAGCGCUACAGCAGUGAGGAGGAGCAUGAGCACCGCAAGAGAACCUUCAUCCACAACAUGCGGUUUGUGCACUCCAAGAACCGUGCCGCGCGCUCCUACUCGCUGGCGCUGAACCACCUGGCUGACCGCACGCCCCAGGAGAUGGCUGCAAUGCGGGGACGGCGCCGGAGCGGGGACCCCAACCAUGGGCAGACCUCCUCCAUGCAGCUCUACACCGGACUCAUCCUGCCUGAGAGCCUGGACUGGAGGCUGUAUGGCGCGGUGACCCCCGUGAAGGACCAGGCUGUCUGUGGGUCCUGCUGGAGCUUCGCCACCACGGGCGCCAUGGAGGGGGCCCUCUUCCUCAAGACCGGCGUGCUGACCCCGCUGUCCCAACAAGUCCUCAUUGACUGCUCCUGGGGCUUUGGGAACUACGCGUGUGAUGGGGGUGAGGAGUGGAGAGCCUACGAGUGGAUCAAG